UGUUAGCUGGCUUGUUAGACGGAAACGGAUUUGUCGUGGAUUAGCUAAAAAGGUUAACGGUGCAGCGCAACAAAAAUGAGCAUAACUGCGAGGAGACAAAAGAGAAAUCGUUGCUUUUAAAACGGCACAGACCCGAAUAGCUAGCAUUGUCGCAUCUAGCUUGACCUAACGUCAGUCUUAUUACAUUUAACAUAUUCAAUUUAGCGAUUAGUCACGGUUAGCUGAUAGUUAGCUGCGUUAGCGAGUCAUUUCCUUUAUGAAUUAACCAGCUAGAGAAAAGGAUUAGCCUCGUUUGUAACAACCAGGCUGCGGACUGCGUGUUUUCCAGAAGAAAUCAUUGCUUCCCACAAAUGAUGUAGAGCUUCCCGUAGCCUCUUAGGGAUAUAAAUGUUUGUGUAACAUAUUAUGUAACGGUACGACAUGUGCUCAUGUUGUUAUUUUUGUUGGUACCAAGAAAAGUCUGGCGAGGUUGUUCCUGGCAUGUUGAGGGGCAAAUGGGUUUGAUAGGUGACAUUGUCUUGUAUGGAAUGAAAACCUCACAGAGAUAUAUCGACUCCAAACCAGCGGCUCGGUUUGCUGACAUGGAGUGGCAGACACCAGCUGUGUCAGAGAAGUUCCAAAGUCGCUUUGGCCGUCGGCCUGGAACAUCGGACAGUGGGGACACUGGACUUGGCACCUCAGCAUCUGACAGCGCAGAAGAUUUCUGCAGUUCCAGCAGCAGCCCCUCUUUCCAACCCAUUCGCAGUCAGAUUCCUAUACCCACUGCACAUGUCAUGCCAUCCACGGCCGGAGCCCCGGCCUCUAAGCCCCAGGUGUCUGUCCAGGAGGACUCCCAGUCCUCAGUCGAGGGUCACAGGUCUUCCUCUGGCUCUAGAACUCCGAGCGGCUCCACCUCCAAGUCUUCCUCCCUCUCCAAAUCAGCUUCUUCGCCCAACUUGGAUGCUCAGGCUGGUGUGGGAAGCGACCCUGUGGGGCCAAAACCAGACUGCCUGAGCCGCUACCGAAGCCUCGUCAAUGGGCUGGACCACUCACUUUUCCCCACAGAUCACACACGAGUGGACGAAGGCCAGAGGUUUGACACUCCCGCUGUGGAACCCACGCUAAAUCAGUCAGCCCUGUUGGGGGGGUUAUGCCCUGAUGUUAGACUCCGAUUACAAACAGGGAUUAGAGACACCGCAGACUGUGUGUCUGAGGCCUACAGGGGAGCCAUGGAGCACAGCUAUAAGGUUCUGCCUGAAGCUAGGCCAGGAGUCUCCGGCAUAGCAGAGCCCUCCAGCCAGAGGGUUAGUCAGCCUGGUGGAGCCGGAUCGGCCAGCGUUUAUGCAAGCCCUCUCAGCCUGCAGACACAGGCUCUGCUGAGGGAGCACGCAGGCUCCAAGGGUUAUGAGCCACUGCGGCAGGACAGAUGUAGUGAACUUUCCAGCUGGCAGCAACAACAGCAACAUAAGCAGCAAUUGGAGAGUUUACGCCUGCAAGUGGAACAAAUGCAGUUAAUGAGUGCUGGAGUGGGUCAGUAUCCAUCUUUGUACCCGACGCCUGUGCACACAGAGUCUGGCAAGUGGGAUGCUCUGGUCAAAGCCAGUGAGAGUCUGCUAAAGGAGAAGGAGCUUAUUAUUGAGCGACAAAAGCAACAUAUGAACCACUUGGAGCAGCGUCUGAGGGAAAGCGAGCUGCAAGUCCAUGGAGCCCUCCUGAGCAGAGGGGCCUCUUAUGGGGACAUGUGUAUGCUCCGACUACAGGAAGCUCAGCGGGAGAACGCCUUCCUGCGGGCGCAGUUUGCCGAGCGCACCGACUGCGUUGCCCUGGAAAAAGCAGAGGCAGAGCACAGGCUGGGGGCGGUUGAGGCCGAGACACGCCGACUAACCGACAGCCUGAAAGAGACCUGUGAGAGACACGCAGAGGAGAUGAAAAAACAGGAAGAGAGGAUCCGUAGUCGAGACAAGCACAUCAGCAACCUUAAGAAGAAGUGUCAGAAGGAGUCGGAGCUGAAGAGAGAGAACCAGCAGCGUAUUGAGACUCUGGAGCGUUAUCUAGCUGACCUGCCCACCUUGGAGGACUACCAGAGCCAGAACAAGCAGCUUCUGGAGGCCGAGCAGCAAGCAGCUCAGCUACAAGACAAAGUAAGAGAGUUGGAGGUCUGUCUAGAGGCGACGCGCUCACAGCUACGGGAAAAGGACACACAGCUGGAGGAGCAGAAACGCAGGGAGAGAGACUUGCUGACCACCAUUACAGACAUGCAGCAGCGGGUGCAGCAGGGCCUCGAGGAUGGAGCCCGACUGCCAACCCUUGAUAUCGAGAAGCUCAGAGUAGAGAACUGUGCUUUGAGAGAGGAGCAGCAGAAACUGAAAAAGGUUAUUGAGAAGCAACACCGGAUGAUGGAACAGCUUGGCUCCCAGAUUCAGACUUUGGAGGAGCAGAUAUCUCAGGAAGAUAGCAGCUCUCAGGCUCUGAGAGAGGAGGUGAUGGCCAAAGAACAGAACGUGUCAGAGCUCCGCACAGCCAUGAAGGAGCUUUCAGCCCAGAACCAAGAACUGAUGGAGCAGAAUCUGACCCUGCAGGAGCAGAUAAGCAAUCCAGAGCAGAGGAGCACUAACCAGGCUUCCUCUGCCUUACAGCCAGCCGGAGCUCUUCUGACACAGAGGCUUCACGUGGAGAUCGCGUCCUGCCUCAGUGACCUGCGCUCCCUGUGCAGCAUUCUGACCCAGAGAGCCCAGGGACAAGACCCCAACCUCUCCCUGCUGCUGGGCCUCACAUCCCCUCCACCAGUGGCAGGACAGGACGAGGACUGGAUGAGUCCAGAGGUGCUGCAGAAGAAGCUGGUCGAAGCUCAGCAGCUCCGUCGAGAUGUCGAGGAAUUACGUAACGUAAUACUGGAUCGGUACGCGCAGGACAUGGGAGAAAACUGCAUCACCCAAUAACCUCGCCACCCAGACAACGGAAGGAAUUUGCGUGUAAGCCCCAGUUUCUCCUCAGAAGCAUCUAAAACGGGCUCGUCUGUCAUGCCUAGUUGCUGAAUGUCAGGAAGAGGACUGGAUUUUUUAAUUUUCUUAAAACGAGGACAGAGGAAAGCCCAAAUGACUGACUGAACGUUGACUCUCAAGUCUGCCUGUAGCUCAGAAACCCCCCCCCCACCCUCGCCCGUGAGUUCAUCUAUUUCAGUCCAAGGGCUAACAGAAAAUAACUUAUCUCUAAUACUUGAUCCUUAAGCAUUGUGUGUGUGUGUGUGUUUUUUUAAUAAUGAUGACACAAUGCUGUCAUUUACCAAACAGUCUUAUACUUUUUUUUUUUUUUCUCCCUAGUCUAGUGGUUAACUAUUUGUGUCGAAGUCCCACAAAUAUAAUUUAUUUAACUCUUUGAUUUCCCUCUUGAGGGAAAUGAUCCAACAAGUGGUUGACAAUCAACUGAAGAUAUUUUAAUCUGUGCUUUUAAGUGAACUCACAAGGAAAUGUUACUAACAUGCCAUUAUUUAAAAUGGCGGACGCUGUAACAUCAGACUCUCCUGUGAAAUAUAACAACUGAAGGAUUUGAUACCAAACCAGCGCUCUCACACCACCAGGCCUACAACUGUUUUAUUACCAAAGAAGCUGUGGUCGAGGCAGUCGUGCAAGUCUGCGAACGUCUGUUGAGCGCUUUUGUCCUGAAUGAAACACCGACACGUGCCUUUUUUCUGUCAUGUUUGCAACCACAAUGCUAAUUUCAUGUUAGACCAACCACAAAGGGCUGUUUGCAGCUGACUCUUCCAAUAUGACCUUUUCUCCCAGCGUGUCAACCAGUAGGAUAGUCAAUACAUUCCCUGACUCUGAAUGUAGCAGAUAACUUCGGGCCGCAUCACAGAGGGCCCCUCCUCCCCCCUCCCCUUUCAGUGUUUUGUUCCCGGUAGAUAGAUGAAGUUAAUUAAAACUCGUUAGUCUGUGUGAUCUAUGUAGACGAAUAACUUCACAGCAUACUGUACAUUUCAGGUCGAUGACAGCUGACUCACAUUCGCCAGAGCGGUUAAGUGUUUGAUAAAUGUAUGACCGAGAAACAGUAUUGAUCUUCAGUAUUAUUUAUUUGUUUUUUUUUUUUUGUUUGUAUUGACAGCUCAGUGUGAAAGCGUUCUGGGUCCUCAUGUGUUUUCUGUAAUAAUGUGCUAAUGUGUUUGAGCAACCACAGUGUGUAAAGGUCCCAUGAAGUGGCGUUCAAGAUCGUGAUUCUUCUCCUUUUGGUUUGAUGUAUUUAAUAGGAUGUUUAGGGGGGGUUUAACAUGUUUUAAUCCCAAAUGGUGGUGAUGAUGAUGAUGGUGAUGAUGAUGAUGGAGGGGUUGGCUGGAUCACCCCCAAAAUCACAGAUCACAUUGUAUCGGAUGGAUUUUUGCCCUGAGUGCAGACUAAGCCAUUUAAAAACUUGACACUUUACAAGGAGAGAAAAGGAAUUUAAAUAUAAAAAUAUGCAACAAUUAACUUUUUUUGUGUGUGUGUGACAGACUUUAAGAGAUCAAUACAUCCAGGGACACACAAGCCUUUUCUUUUUUUCUUUUUUUCUUUUUUUUACAUUUCAUGGGACCUUUAAACUUCAAGUAGCACAAGAUUUCUCUUUGGAAAGUCAGGCUCCGCAUGCCUUAACAUCUCAAAUGUUUUGCAAAAGGGAAAAGAUGUUUAUAUUUUCAUACUUUUGUCCUUGUUUGUAUUUGCAUAUUUUAGAAAUAAAGAUUUUCAACAUUU